AUGACCAAUCAACCAGGAAACCCGAAUAUGAGAAUGCUAAUUCCUAUGAUAAAUGAAUUGCAACGCAUUUUUACUUUAGUCAAUACUCGGUUGUCAUUGACAUUACCUCAAAUAGCAGUUGUCGGCUCGCAAUCAGCAGGCAAGAGUUCUGUACUUGAAAAUAUUGUUGGUAGAGAUUUUCUACCACGUGGUGGUAGUAUGGUGACGAAACGACCUCUAGUUUUACAAUUGGUUACAUCACAUGAACCAGAAUAUGGUGUUUUUGCGCAUAAACCACAUCAAAGAUUUACGAACUACGCAGAUAUUCGUCAAGAAAUCGAAAAUGAUACCAAAGUAGUAGUUCGUGAUAACAUCGGUGUCUCUAAUAUGCCAAUCAACCUGACAAUUUAUUCGCCUCAUGUUGUCAAUCUUACACUGGUCGACUUACCCGGUAUAGUCAAAGUUCCUUCACAAGGCCAACCGUUCGAUAUUUGCAAAAAGAUUGAUGAUAUUAUUCUCGAAUAUAUUAGUCAUGAAAAUUGUCUCAUUCUAGCUGUAACACCAGCUAAUAUCGAUAUCGUCACAUCCGACGCUUUGGUAAUGGCUCGUAGCAAGGAUCCAAUGGGGAAACGAACCAUCGGUGUAUUGACGAAACUGGAUAUGAUGGGUCGAGGUCAUAAUGCACGUGAUGUAUUGUUAAAUAAAGUUGUUGUACUUGAAAGAGGUUUUAUUGGUGUUGUUCUUCGUGGUCAACGUGUCGAUGAGCAUGGCCGGACAAUGCGAGAAUUGGAUAUACCAGCUGCGCUCGAAUUCGAACGUCAAUUUUUUCUUAAUGAUCCAGCUUAUCAUGAUAUUACAGAUCGAUUGGGUGUGCCAUAUUUACAACGCACACUUAGUAUUCAACUAACUGAACACAUUCUUAAGUGUUUGCCAGAUCUAAAACGAGAACUACAAGAACGUCACCGUAAUUUGGCUCGAGAAGUAUCCGAAUAUAGUAAAUCUGCUAUGCUCGAAGGUGCUGGUUUCGAUACAAAAGCUUUAGUAAUAUUAACACAUGAAUUCCAAGAAGAUUUCGAUGCAGCAUUAAAAGGAACUCAUUUGAAAGAUUCCGAUUUAAAGACGUUGACAGGUGGAGCUCGUAUAGCUACCAUCUUUAAAUAUCGUUUUCCAUCUGAACUGGCUAAAGUAGAUCUUCAAGACAAAGAUAUGCGCGGCCAGUUAAUUUUAGCGAUUAAAAAUAUUCGCGGUUUUCGAUCUGGUCUGUUUACACCAGAUGAAGCAUUUGAAUAUAUUGUUAAAAUGCAAAUAGCCAAAUUUGAAGAACCUAUUAUUAAAUGUGUUGAUAUGGUAGUCGCUGAUUUGAAGAGAAUUAUUCAUGAGGUAUCCACUAAAUUGAAACGUUAUCCAUUCCUGCAACGAGUCGUCGAAGAAUUGCUGAUUCAGCAAUUAAAAGAACGGGAAUUUACUACAAAGGAAGCCUGUAAUCUUUAUGUUCAAACACAGUUGGCGUAUAUCAAUACGACAAAUGAAGAUUUUAUUGGAUUUAGUAACGCCGAAAGAUCUGCCAAUACAAACGAUGCAAAUCGAAGUAUUUCGAAUCAGAUCAUUCGUAAAGGAUUCCUUCGUGUGCAUACGGGUGGAAAAAUAUUUCAAUCAAAAGAUUAUUUUUUUAUUUUAUCAACAGAUAAUCUAUCGUGGUAUAGUGACUCUGAUGAGCGAGAAAAGAAAUAUAUGUUACAUUUAGAAAAUCUCAGACGGCGCGAUACUGAAAGUGGUUUUAUUGCCAAACGACCACAGUUAACAUUAUACACUGAAGAUGGAAGAAAUGUUUAUAAAGAACACAGAGUACUCGAUCUUUCAGCAGAAAAUAAAGAAGAAAUGGAAAGCUGGAAAGAAGCAUUCUCUCGUGCAGGUGUCUAUUCUGACCGUAUGCAACGCGCCGAUACUAUAACGACAUCGACAGAUGGAGCUCCUAGUGAUCCACAUAUGGAACGUCAAGUAGAAACCAUUAAUAUUUUGGUAACAUCAUAUAUGAAAAUUAUUACGAAAAUGACGCGUGAUUUCAUUCCGAAAACUAUUGUGUGUAACAUUGUUCAAGAACUCCGGAAAUAUAUUACAAGAGAAUUAUUAGUCAAUCUCUAUGCUGUUCCAGAUUCAAAGACACUCUUGCAAGAAUCAGCCGAAGAACGACAGCGUCGUGCGGCGAAAAUUUCAGAAUUCGAGGCAGUCAAAAGUGCACUGGAUAUUAUAGAAAAGUUCUAUAUGAAUGCGCGUACAUUAUCUACAGUUGCUAUGCCAUCAACACUAGGAAACGUUAGUUUUUCAAAUACAACAAUUAACAAUCAUAUAGGACAUUUAUCAAACGUACCGAUGAGCCAGGUUGACAGCUCCAUUAACACUUAUACUAAUCGUUCUUCUGUCCAUCGUACUCAGUCAAAUCAACCAGCGUGGAAUUCCUUUGGAACGCAUGCUAACCAUCAAUCAACUGCACCAUCGACUCCACCUGUUCCUUCGCACAUCCAUGGAUCAGCGACACGACCAGUACCUUCAACACCACCGCGGUCACUGCCACCUGUUCCGCCGCGACCAUACAAUGGGUCACCAUUUUCAUAA